AUUUGAAAAGACAAGAGAAGGUACCUGUCUCCUAUAAAAUGUCACUCAGCGUCCUGAAAUCCAAAAUUUGACAUCUCAGCAUCAAAAUUGAUCUUCCAUUGAUAUUUCAGUAAAUUACAGAAGAUGAUUCCAAGCAUGAACGCAAUCAUCGCCCAGCUGUCCAGGAAUGGCUUCCAUCACACCAAGAGACGAAGUUCUAGCGAAAAAUGCGUGCCACCAACAUCUGGUAUCCCUGGUCCUUCUCAUGAAGGUCGUUACAAGAUAUUCAAGCACUUAGCGUUGCUUAUUGGAUUUCCAGCUAUUUUCGCAGCGGGUGCAUAUGCCUACAAUCAGAAGGUAAAGCAUGAAGAAGAGCGUCCUCCUUUUGUCAAAUAUGAAUAUCUGAGGAUGAGAUCCAAGAGAUUCCCGUGGGGAGAUGGCCAAAAAUCUCUAUUCCAUAAUCCAAAGGUCAACGCUUUACCUGAUGGCUACGAAGAUGAAGAAAACUAGCCAUUUUCUGUACAUGCAGCUAAUUUGUCUAAUUCUAUCUAAUAAAAUGAUUGAAUAAAUAUUUUUUCAGC